GUGACUCAUUUAUAGUGACAUCACUGAAAAAAACUCUUGAAGUUGAACUUUAUAUUCAACACUACAGAGAUAAGACGUUAUUAGCUUGCUUAGCUUUCUAAAGGCACGUGUUUCAGCUUUCUGUGAAUCAGCCAUCAUACUUUUCGUCAGGAUGAACGAAGCAGAAAACUCCUCCAGAUGUGGAUGGUGCUCUAGGUGCUUUAGUUUUUUACCAGUGGACUAUACGAGAGAGUUAGUAAGCUUGUGUACUUUAGCUUUUCCCGUGUUUCUCGCCAUUCUUUUCGAUUACUUAAUCCUUUUGACAAGUUCUGUGUUUUGUGGACACCUGGGAAAGUUAGAGCUUGAUGGAGUUACUCUUGCCGUAGCUGUCAUCAAUGUUUUAGGUGUUGGCAUUGGCUUUGGCUUGUCUGCAGCAUGUGAUACACUUAUUUCUCAGACUUAUGGAGCUGGGAACUUGCCACAAGUUGGUGUUAUUACUCAGAAGGCAAUUAUAAUCCUUCUACUUACAUGUUUGCCAUGCUGUGCCAUUCUUAUCAAUACGGAGUCAAUAUUACUGCUUGCGGGUCAAAGCCCGGAGGUUGCCAGAGUAUCACAACUCUAUGUGAACGUUUUUUUGCCUGGUCUUCCGGCUGUAUAUAUGUUCAUUGUUCAAGUAAAGUAUCUACAGAAUCAGGGAAUAUUUUGGCCCUUGGUCAUAACUGGAGUAGUGGCAAAUAUCUUGAAUGCUUUAAUAAAUUAUAUCCUCCUCUUUGUCCUGAAAAUGGGUGUUGAAGGCUCAGCAGCAGCUAAUACAAUCUCACAGUACAGUUUGGCAACCAUAUUGUUUAUCUACAUCCGAUGCAAAGGUCUUUAUAAGGAUACUUGGAAAGGUUGGUCGAUGGACUGCUUGCAGGAAUGGGACUCGUUCAUUUAUCUGGCCAUUCCCAGUAUGCUCAUGAUGUGUGGAGAGUGGUGGACCUACGAGAUUGGAGGCCUGCUUGCAGGUCUGAUAAGCGAAGUGGAGCUUGGAGCACAGUCAGUCAUGUAUGGACUGGCAAAUAUCGCAUAUAUGUUUCCUAUAGGCUUCAGUAUAGCUGGCAGUGUUAGAGUGGGCAAUGCAAUGGGUGCAGGAGAUGUGGCUCAAGCCAAACUCUCUGCUAAAGUCUCUAUAAUGUGUGCAGUCUCUGUUGCAGUGGUAUUGGCAACUAUAAUUGGUUCUUCAAAGAAUGUAAUUGCUCGUAUUUUCACAAACGACAAAGACAUCAUCCAGAGGGUUGCCACAGUAAUGGUUUUAUACACUCCUUUUCACAUUUUCGAUGCCACAACGGCAGCAGGUAGCAGUAUAGUGAAAGGUCUGGGCAAGCAGAAGCUUGGCGCCAUAUGCAACCUCCUGGGAUAUUAUGGAAUCGGAUGUCCUAUUGGAAUACCCUUAAUGUUUGCUGCUAAAAUGGGCAUUUUUGGUCUGUGGAUUGGCCUGUUAGUUUCAGUCUUCCUUCAGUCAAUAUUCUUUAUCGUUCUUCUUGUCAAGCUGAACUGGAAGAAAGCUUCGGAAGAGGCGCAGAUCAGGGCCGGUGUGGCGAUCAGAAGGACGAAUGACGCCUCGCAGGAGGACGGUGGAAAUAUGGAAGGCUGUGAUGUGAAUGAUGCUACAGAUGAGGAUGUGCUGGUGGUGAAUGAGGAAGAGAUCGUGGCUACAGUGAAAGUGCAGCUGCCGUUGAGUGUUUUAGUGCUGCGCCGCGGCCUUGCUCUGGCAGCAAUGCUAGCGCUACUCGCUGCGGGACUCGCCGUCAAGUACAGUCUUAAAAGAUGAUGAUAGUUUAAAGAUGUGAUUACAGCAGACAGAAAGUUCACACUGUCUCCUAGCAUGUUCAAAAUUGAGCAUCGAUGCACCAGCAAGUCUGGUCUGGGAAGAACAGGCACUAAGAAGGGCACAUUUUUUUGUGUUCGAGCAUUAGUUAAAGGGUUAGUUCACACAAAAAUGAAAUCGACCUCAUCAUUUACUCUCCCUCAUGUGGUUUUAAACUUUUAUGAGUUUCUUUCUUUGAACACAAAAGAAGAUGUUUUGAAAAAUGUUGGUUGCUGGGAGCUCUCUAAUUGAAACUAAAAAUGACUAUGGAAGGCAAAGGUACCACCAGCUACUAGCAAAAUAUCUUGUUUCGUGUUCAACAGAAGAAAAAAACACUACAAACUAGAUUUUGAACAAGUGAUUGGUGAGUAAAUGAUUGCAGAAUUAAAAUUUUGGGUGAACUCUCUCUUUAACAAGUCAUUGUUUUGUUUUACAUCAAACGAGUCAUUAUGUACUCACUCAUAUUGUAUCAAUGAUUAUAUUUAUUUAUAUAAAUAUAUUUAUUAAUAUGCUGUUUAUUCUUUUGAACAAAAAGAACCUACAAUGUUGCUGUAUAUCCAGCUGUUUUAGCAAAUACUGUACAGAUGGACUCUGAAUCCCACACAUCUCAUGAAUUUAUAUUAAAAAACAGCAAAUGUGCUGAAGCAAACAUGAACAUAUUAAAACUUUUUAAAUGAAUGUUAUUUAAUGAGUUACAAAGUGCAGAAAUUGCACAAACGCUGGUAAUAUUGUGAAUGUUGACGCAUAAUAGACGCACAUUGAUUCACGUACAAAUUCAAAUAGUUGAAAUAAUAUGGACAGUUCUUAUUUUAGGGGGUCGUGAACUGUUUAAUUGAAAUACCCUUAAAGGGAUACAGUAGUUCACCCAAAAAUGAAAAUCCUCACCAUUUACUCACAACUGUGUGACUGAUGAAUUUCUUUUUUCAGUUGAACACAACAAGAUUUUGUGAAGAGUGUUCAAAAUCUUCUUUAGGAUAAUACGUUAAACCAAGGUCAUGACUCUCUGUGGUCAUUAAAAAUCCCAUGGCACUUCUCGUAAAGAGCAGGGGUGUGACCCCAGUGCCCUGGCCAAAUUCCCUCCAUCUGCUCUUAAGCAUCAUGGCCUCCCAGUCAUCCCCAUCCACCAAAUUGGCUCUAUCACUAUCUCUCCACUCAACCUGUAGCUGGUGU